UUUCCCUUUCGCUUGAAUCAAGAAUAGAACGCCAAAUUUCGCUGUUCAUCACAUGGAGCAGCACCCGCUCUAAUGCUGUGGUUACUCCACUUGUUGUGCGAGAAUGUUACGUUAUUCAUGCUAGCGAUACGGUACGAUGACGAUUAAAGCACGCUGUCCACUGCCUAUGAGGCGUGCACAAACAUUCACGCAUCUGCGGGAUAAGCUAUGAAAGAGCUAUUAAAACAAACAGGCCACAAUACGAAUACUAGACAGUGGUUGUGAACGGCAAAUUAUUUAUACACAGCAUAACCGCUCAGUCGGCGCUUUUGUUGUUAUAUACCGUCCCGUUUCGGUUUCAUUUCGUGUUGCAGAAGAACCCAUCGGAAUCGCGACGGUCAGUCAGUCACGCUGUGUUCUAAUAUUGUCGUUAGUUGAGGCUGGGCGUGAUCGCGAAACACUGAAUCGGUUAUUAGUUUCGGUAAAAAGGAAAAGACGGUGGCAAAUACAACGAUGUCCGAUGUACUCGAGGUGACAUCAGAGCUGUACGCGGAGGCAGAAUUCUGCAGCACAGAUACGGGUAAUGGUAAUGCUAUUUCUAAAUUUACCUUUGUGUAUCCAAACCGUCGCGAUACUGACGCAAACGGUACACAAACGGAUCAGACGAAUGGCAUGGACAAACGGAACGGCCAGCCAGAAACUGGUAUCGAAAAGACACCAUCUAGCAUCAAAGACUCCGAAGAGGAAAGCUGUAUUGAAGAGGAAUCGUUCGAAUCGGAUUACGACGAGAGUGUGUGCGAUGAGGAGGAUUUUGAUUCCGAAAGUGAUUGUUGCGAAGCGUCAGAACAAAAAGAAUCAAGCCAAUCUUCAAUCAAGCUGGAUAAAGACGGAGACUUGGACGUAGAACGACCACGAAAAGGUGCGAUCGAAAUAGAACAUCGCAAAUCAACCCGGCUGGAUUUGGUCGGACUGCAGAUAUGGCGCGGUGCAUUAUUGCUGGCUGAUUAUAUUAUGCACAAUGAACGGAAGUUUAAAAAUGCCCAUAUCCUUGAACUUGGUUCCGGUGUAGGGCUUACGAGUAUAGUUGCCAGCAUGUAUGCACGAGAGGUGAUUUGUACGGAUAUCGAUAUCGAAGGACUCCUGGAUCUGAUACGUGGAAAUGUGCAAAGAAAUGCCCAACUUUCCAACCCACACUGCCGCAUGCACGUGACCGAGCUCGACUUCAAGGUUAGCUACCAGGACUAUCCACGUGAGCUAAAAGACAAGCUUCAACACGUGCAGUAUGUGGUUGCGGCCGAUGUGAUCUACGACGAUGAUAUUACUGAAGCCUUUGUACGGACCAUUGUUAGCCUGCUGCUGGAACUACCGAAGCUGAAAGCGAUUUACAUCGCGCUCGAAAAGCGUUACGUAUUUACGCUCGAAGAUAUGGAUUCGGUUGCACCGUGCUACGACUAUUUUCUGCGAUAUUUUCAAAAACGUAACAGCCGGUUUGGCGUUAACCGCUGGAAGCUGAUCAAUGUGUGUAUGAACUUUCCUCGCUAUUUCGAUUACGAUAAGGUGAAGGACUUGGUGUUGUUGAAGAUAUGCCACGCCAACAAAUGACGUGCUUGCGUGUGAUUGAAUAAAUAAAUAAAUAAGGCCCUGUUACUAGAUUAAAAACUUA